GGAAAAUAACUCAAUUCCACGAAUAGGCUCUCUGUAGUUCCCCGUCUGCAUCGCAUUCGUCUUCUCUCUUUCUUCUCAUCGCCGUGAGCUGGAGAUCGCACAGGGAGAUCCAAGUUCUAAUCUUUUAGUUUUCUGUUGCAGGAUCAUCUGAUUAUUGCCCAGUUUUGCUGGCAAGAACCGGUUCUGGAAGGUUCUGUCAUGUUUGUAUUUACUGGUGAAGCCAGUAAGCCACCCGCUUCCCGAGAGUGUUUGGAGGUGUUUCUGGAUGAUUCAUGUUAGAAAGGACGAUGUAAGGAAGGGGCUAAGUGUUGGAAGAGAGAUGGAAGAACUCGAUCUUGAAGAAGGAGAGGCUUGCUAUAAUGGAAUUAAUAAUAAUAAUGGGUGUGGUGAUGAUUCAAUCAUUGACCCUGAAAUUGCUCUCUCCUACAUAGAUGAGAGAAUUGAGCAUGUUUUAGGGCAUUUUCAAAAGGAUUUUGAAGGAGAAGUGUCCUCUGAAACUCUGGGGUCAUCAUUUGGUGCUUACGGUUCAUUUUUGCCCACUUAUCAGCGCUCACCGCCUGCGCCUGAUUUGAAGACUCCACCGGAAGUCCUCAGCAAUACCAUACCAAGACCCCCCUAUAUUGCACACCUUGAGGGUGGCAGACAUCAUUCAUGUGUUUCAUCAAGCACUUUAAUAUCUACAAGGUGUGGUCCAACUUCCACAAGUUCUCUGCUGGUUCCUGCAACUAGGGUUCCUAUUCCGAAUCCCGAAAACAACUUAUGCAUAACCGCGGCUAGGGCUGUAGAGUCUGCUUCAACAUGUGAAACGCUUCAGAAGCCUGCUGAAUCGUCUGACCAGAAAAGUCUGAAGGUGCGCAUCAGAGUUGGGUCGGAAAAUCUGUCGAAUACAAAAAUUGCGGAGCUUUACGAUGGACUUGGCCUUGUUGUUUCUCCAUCCUCAUCCUUAGAUAAUAGCCCCACAGACAGUGAAGGUUUAUUUCAUGAAAUUCAGGAUGCCCCAGAUGAAUCACCUACGAGCAUUCUUCAGAUCAUGGCCUCAUCUCCCAUGCAUGGAAGCUUAUUGCUAUCACCUCUUUCUGAUGGUUUGGUUUAUCUGACAGAAAAAGAUUGGCAUUGGAGAAAAUGUGGAUCUAAGACUAUGCAUAAGACUAGUGCAGAUGCUUUUGGGAUAGUGGCCAAUGGACCUGAUAGCACAAGAGGAAGUAAGAAAAUCGCGGGCGAGAGAAAACAAAACUUGCACGAGAAUGAUGUCAUAGUAAAUGGGUAUGUCAGUGACGAUAACUUGCCCCGUGAAGAAUUUAUAUCCAGAACUAUGAAACCCCCUCUUCUCUCUAAGUCAAUCAGUAGUGUGUCUUAUCCUGCAAUUAGUUCCAAGACAAAUGAUAAUUUGACAACCAGUGGUCAAGGUAUUAUGAAGGAAGAAUCCAUUGAUCAUACAACCAAGGAUGAUUUUGACCCUGUUUCUGCUACAGAGAAUAAUGCCACAGUGGAUAGACCCAAUGGAAUAGUCAGUUCAUCUGUUGGGGGCUUGGAAAAUGAAAAAUCAAACAAUUUUGACCUACGUGCAGAAUUUCCAAAGAAAGAAGGUAACAAAGGCAUGGAGCAAGCUAAUGUUUCAACCGACCCUGGGUGUAACAAAACUAGAAAAGAUCCUAGUACUGACACAAUUGGGUUUUCAAAACCAUCAAUUGCUUCAAGGAUGACAUCAAAAAAAGAGGUUGGGAUGAGGCUGGUAAAAAAACAAGUAUCAUCCAGAAACAAGAAGAAACUUAGCGAGAUUCAAAUUAGUGAUGUCCGUGAGGGGAAGAUUUCUAAGGAUAUCUUGGUAAAUAAUUCUUGUUCGACACAUAAGACUAAAAGGAGCUCUUCUGGAAGCACAAGUACAUCCAAAAGUUACUCGAAGGAUGUCAAGAACCAUUUUAAAGCUAGAGAUUUAUACACUGAAUUAUCUGGGAACCUAGACGCUGAGCAAGACGGUUAUAAAAUUUGUUCAGAGAGAACACAUUCACCUGAAAUGUUGAAGGGUUCUGAUGCUACUAAUGAGACUCACCUGGUAGAAUGUUCUGGUGUGAUGAAAGUGAUAUCUAAGGCUUCUGAAGUUGAGAAGCCACUUGCCUUGACGGAGCAUCAUAGCUUAGACCCAAACAUGAAAAUAAUCAGUGUGAUCGAGCCCAACUCUACUUCUGCUCCAGUGGCUGAGGCUCCACUAGUCCAAGAAGAUUGGGUUAUGUGUGAUAAGUGUCAGAAGUGGCGUCUACUUCCACUUGGAACAGAUCCUAAAAGUCUCCCGAAGAAUUGGCUUUGUAAAAUGCUUGACUGGCUGCCGGGUCUUAACCGCUGCAGUAUUAGCCAGGAGGAGACAACAACGGCUUCAAGAGCUUUAUACCAGUUUCCUGCUGCUGUCAUUACCACGCCUGCUUCUGAAGCACAGACAAACAAUCAGAAUGAAUAUCAUCAUAGGAACCUCGUAGGAUUUUCUUCAGCUGAUGUUUUUCAUUCAGAUGUGGAGAACAGAAAUCACAGUUCACAAAUUGCAGAUGCUAGAGGUAAGAAGAAACAUGGAUCAAAAGAUUCUUCAGAUGAAAGCAAACAAUCGGGCAUGAUGCAGUCUUCAAGCAAAACUAAUAACCUUACCGAAAUUGUGAAUGGGGGUUUAAAUGACAGCAUCCACUCCUUUGCGGGUGAAAGUGGGCAUAGAAAGUAUUACAGACAUUCAAGUACCCCAGUUGUCGAGAAGCAAAACAAUAAUCUGAAAGUGAGAAAACUGUUGCUUGACAGCAGGACUUCUGAUGGAGGUGGAAAUAAUGUGAAGACAAAGGACAAGUCAGAGGCUGAUUUGGUUAAUUCCAGAACCUCUAAGAAGGUGAAAAGAGUUAGCUUAUAUGACGAUGAUGAAAAGUGGACCACUGGCAAGGCCUGGGCAAAUGCAGAACCUAGCUCAAGCGCUGGUAUGGUUCAGACUGUGUCACUGAUGGAUCAGCACAAGUACAAAUGUAGAGAUUCAAAACCUUCAGAUAAAAACCUCCAGGUUCGUAAUCCAGUUAAUUCAAGUGAUGAAUCACUUCAUGUGAGCAAUUCCUACAGUAAGGACUCUUCGAAGAAGAGGAAAAGAAACGGGAAUCCAGUUAAUUCAGGUGAUGGAUCACUGCAUGCAGGCAAGUACGACAGUAGGGGGGAUACUUCUAAGAAGAGGAAAGGGAAUGGGCUUCACCAUUCAGAGACCUACAGUAAACCUGUUCCUGUUAUAUCCGCAGAAACUUGUGAAAACAACCAAAGGAAAGGCAAGGCCGCAAAGGAUUUCAACACUGAGGUAAAACUUCCAGUUGGAAACAGAUUCUAUGAAGGAAAAGAUGAAAGGGAAAACUAUAACGGCCAGCAAACAGUGCAGUACCAAGCCAUGUAUUCUACAAAGAGGCAUUUAGGCACGCUGCAGCCUUCCACGACUGCCACUUCAAGCUCUUCUAAAGUUUCUGUCUCACGAAGGAACAAAAUUAAUCUCUCGGAACGGAGGUCUUCCCCUGUAGAUUCGGCAUCUUCAUCUCCUCUGAGGAUUCCUGGGGUAGUUGGAGCAAAUGGCGGGGGCAGUUAUAUGUCUGGGAUGGUUAUGAAGGAUGGAACCUGGAAUGAUGUUCAUAAUAACUCCCUUGAUCAUCAGGAGGUGCCUUUGGGUAAUAUACCAAGUUUUAAACUGAACCUAGGUACUGUUAUUGUAGCAGAGGAUGAAAAUGAAGCUGUAGGAACUUUGCCUCCAUGCAACCAGAAUGCUUUUAGAGCACAAAUAUUGGAGCAAGGUGAAGGCGAGGGAUGGAGUUCUGAUCUUUUACAUGAUAAUAGUGUAACCACCGAGAAGAUGUUCAGGAAGGGUUCAUCUGCUAAACCUAAAGACAAGAUUAGGAGUUACAAAAAUGAACUUGAUAGAUUGAGUGGUGUUGAUUCUUUAGAUGGAACGCCCUCUUCUAGAGAAAAAUUAAAGGCUGGGAAAAAUAAACUUCCAGAGAGAACUCCUAAUCAUUCAGAUAACACUUUGGCUAAAGAUCACAGUGAUACAUUCUUGACUGAGAGUGUUAAAGAAGAAAUUCACUUAAAGCAGGCUGACAAUAAUGGUAGGAAUGUCAAGGCAGACACCAUUUCUGGGCUAAAUAAGGGGCAGGUUUUAGUUCCAAAUAGAGGAGAUGAAUCCUGUAAGAAUUAUAUUUCCGGCAGAACUAAUGGGCUUCCUACAUCUGGAAAAGGGAAAUCGCUGCAGCCAUUACCAACAUUUCAACACUCAAUUCUUGGGUCACAAAAGGAACCUGCAAAUUUGUUGUCAGUAGAUGAAUUUGAAAAUGAUGCUUCAAGGGCUAGGGAUGGUAAUAAAUUUCAGAGCCACAGUAGGGACCAACCUAAUGCUUCAAGACACUCUACCUCAAUUCUUAACAAGGCCCAUGAUGAUGAUGCUCCCUCUCCAGCACAAAAGGAUUCCCCCAAUCAAGCUGCUGCAAGUGCUGUAAUAGAAGCGAAAAACCUUAAACAUGUGGCUGAUCGUCUCCAGAGUUCUGGAUCAAGUGACAGCAUAGGAUUUUAUUUCCAGUCCGCGAUAAAGUUUCUCACAGCAGCAGCUUUAUACGAUUCAUGCAAUGUUGAUAGUAAGAAGCAGGUUGAAAAGGCCAAGUCGGGGCAAAUUUAUAGCGACACUGCAAAACUCUGCAAAUUUUGUGCUCAAGAAUAUGAAAGAUCCAAUGAUAUGGCUGCUGCUGCUCUUGCCUACAAAUGCAUGGAGGCCGCAUACAUGCACGUAAUUUAUCACUCACAUUCCAUUGCAGAUAGAUAUGGAACUGAACUACAGAAAGCUCUGCGUUCUCCCCCAGGUCAAUCCCCUUCCUCUUCUGCAUCUGAUAUUGACAAUUUGAACAAUCCGUCAGCUGUAGACAAGGAUGGCUUAGCCAAAAAUGUUGGCCCUCCUCAAGUGGAUGGAGCUCAUGCUGUGAUGACUAGAAACCGUUCCAAUAUCAGCAAUAUCACACGGUUAAUGAAGUUUACCGAAGAUGUUAAUCUUGCAAUGGAAGCUUCGAAGAAUUCAAGGGCUGCUUUUGCAGCUGCAAAUUCGAGAAUAGGAGACGAGAAGAGCAAAGAUGGUAUUUCACAUGUUAAAAGGGCAAUUGAUUUCAGUUUCCAGGAUAUGGAUGGAUUAUUGCGCCUAGUUUGUGUUGCAAUGGAAGAAAUCAACCGCUAAAGGGUCGGAGUGAGAAUAGUAAGGGUAUUAUUCAUCUACUGUCAAUUGAGGAAAAGAGGGAAUCAUUGGAUUGCAAGUGUCUUUGUAGUACACAUCUGAACAGUAAUAGCCGCACAUUGAGUGUUACUGUGUGCUUUUUAAAGCCAUCUGUGGACGCCUUCCCAACUUGAAUAAGGAUCUCGACGGGAGUAAAUAUCACCAUUGCAAAAAACUGAUUCUAACUUCCAGCUCCUACAGCCACUGUGUAGCAGGCAUCAGUUUGAGGUAACUUGAUAUAACAUUUCUGGGAAAGACCCUUUAGAUAUACAUCAUUAAAUGAGAUCCUCUGGACAAAAAAAGCAUGGAAACAAUGCUUGCAAUGAUGGUAGAACUGUUGGAGUAGGUUGUAGGCAUUAUAUCAGAUCCGGUCAAGGAGGAGAUACCACAAGCAAGAUUAAGUGAGAUGAUUUCUUCUGAUUUCUGACAGAGUAAGGAUCAACCUUGUGUUUAUGGCAAGUCUAGCUUUUUUUUCAGCAAGGACAAUUCGUUCCCAACUUCACACUGCUACCCAAUUUUGUCUGUGUGGGGCGAGAUAAUCCUAUUUAUAUGGUGUUUGGUCCACUUGUUGAUGAUGUACGCCCCAUUCGAUGAGUUGGGGCGUCCGGUUAAGGUGGUCAGUUUAGACCCAUUUGUCCACCAUCCAGUUAUCCAUCCAGGCUGAGGCACUUGAAGUUUGUUAUGCAAUGGUAACUUCACGGAAACCAAGGUGACAGUAAAGAAUAUUGUGAAGAGGGAGUAGAUGUCUGUAACAUCUAAUUCUGAUACUCCGUAUUAUAGAUAAGUUGCAGACAAGCUUGCUAACAUCUAUUUCUGAUUGAUUAGAAAUUUCUUCAUAAUUAAUAGUCCAAGCUCUGUAUUCAUUUAUCCUUAUUUUUUGUAUAAAUGUGACAUUUUUUACUUGCUAAAUGCAAAAACCCUGCCCGUCUUUUAGUUUAUCUAGAAUCCAUUUGUAAGUAUGUAAUUCUACACAUUCUUUGCAAUGAAUAAAGUGAUUUUUUUGAAUGUGUUAGAUUAACACGAUCCGCUGCUGCUUUGUCAAAAUUCC